CUGUAUAAGGUUACUCUGUGUUUGCGCUGCUGUGUUUGCAGAGUUUUCUGAGCUGUGCGCGGGCUCUGACAGACCCUGGAGGACAUCUGUGUGGAAUGUGCUGGUAGUUUUAUUGACUUUAACAGACAUGGAGCCUCCAGAUUUCGAAGCCAUGAACUUCACGGUGGAGCCGGCGGCGGCAACGUACCCGUUAUGUGAGGAGUGGAGAGACUCCUCGGAGGGCUCCGUCUUCCACCUCGCCAACAUUUUCCUCUUCCUCGGCUUCAUGGGCGGCAGCGGCUUUUACGGGCUCAUCUACCUGUUCACCUUCCUGACUCUGGGCUUCUUCUGCACCACUCUGUGGGCCUGGACGGACUCGUGCACCACCGACUCGUUCCUGUGGAGUUUCGCGCUGUUCGGGGUGUGUUUGGGACAAGUGCUGCAUGUUGCCUACCGGCUGAGGAGCGUCUCCUUCGAGAAGGAGUUCCAGGAGCUUUACAACUGUAUGUUUAAAAAACUCGGAGUGUCGCUUACACAUUUUGGGAAGAUAGUGGCCUGCUGUGACGGAGACAUCCACACCAUAGAGAGGGACCACUGCUUCGCCAUAGAAGGGAAAACCGCGAUAGACAAGCUGUCGGUGCUCCUGUCUGGCAGAAUCCGUGUGACAAUUAAUGGAGAGUUUCUGCAUUACAUCUACCCUUUCCAGUUUCUGGAUUCACCUGAGUGGGACUCUCUCAGGCCAUCAGAGGAGGGCGUCUUCCAGGUGACCCUGCGUGCAGAUAACCCCUGCAGAUAUGUAGCAUGGAGGAGGAAGAAACUUUAUCUGCUUUUUGCUAAGCAUCGCUACAUAGCUAAAGUCUUUGCCCUGGUAGUACGCAAUGACAUUGCAGACAAGCUGUACUCCCUUAAUGACAAGGCUUUCGACAGGGCUGGGCACCGCUAUGAUCUCCGUUUACCAAGUUACUGUCACAUGCCGGGGACCGAAUUAGAAAAGGCAGAUGCCUUACUGCAAGUGCCAGUGCAGGGGGCAAGGACUGCCUGAACACACACACACACACACACACACACACACACUGCUCCAAGCCAUAAACACUUAACUGAGUCCUUGCAUGUAGGAAUAUGUGUCAGCUAGGUAGGGCUUGGUGUGGUUUUAUCUGUACCAUGAAGGGUAAGAGUUUCAAGUGAUGCUAUCUUAAAUCUGCCUGCAAGAUCAUUACACGUCUUUAUAUAAAUUACAUAGGUGGAGCUGACAGACUUGUCAACAAACACGGUGUGCCAGGUCAAGAGAAUACUCUCGGGGGACUAGACCAGGGUCAUGUGACUGAUAAAAAGCCUGAGACAUCCACAGGCUUUCAGGUAGCCUUACUAACUAGGCCAAUGUAACUUAUAAUGUUAGGAAGGAGCUUUUUGUUGGGCAGUUUGAGAUAGCAGGAAGAAGCCUUUCAACAUGUGGGUCAGAUUAUUUUGUAAAUAAUGUGAUGACAAUGUACUCUGUGUGCCCUUCAGGGCAAAUGUAGGCUUUAAGUGAAGAGACAUUUUUUGGAUACUUGUGCUUUUUGUCUUUUGUUUGAUAUUUGUUUAAGGGCUUUUUCACACCUCCCUGUCUAAACCAAGGCCGAACAAGGUUUGCAUAUUUGGUACUUUGUAUACAUUUGAUUCAUACCUGACAUACCUAUAUCCUGUCGUCAUUAUCUACGUAGCCCGCGUCUCUAUGCUUGGUUUGUAGAUGGCCUAUUCCCUCCUCUAAUAUCCUCUCUCUCUCUUGGAAAAUAUUUGGAAAGUGUUUGAGUUUUUAGUGAGUUUUUCCAGCGAAUGAAGUCCUUCCCCCGUGUACUAUUGCAGCUCCUUUUGUUAUGUUGCAUUGUUCAUGGACAAAUUGAAACCUAUUUCUCUUAAUCUCGGAUCAUCAUCACCAGGGUAAUAAUAAUAUUUUAAUGCAUCCAUGCCGGUAAUAGCUGUGGCCACAGGAAUCAUGUUUUCGGGUUGUCUGUCCAUCUCAAGAACGCCUCAAGGGUAUUUCUUCAGAUUUGGCACAAAUGUCUACUUGGACUAAUCAAUGAACUGAUCACUUUUUGAUGGUCAUAGGUCAAAGGUCAGAGCCACUGUGACCUCAUUCUCAUGAAUGUGAUAUCUCAAAUCUGAUUAGAUUUUAGUAGUCAAAGGUCAGUGUGACCUUGCAUCUGUCUCAUUCUCAUGAACACAAUAAUGAUAACUUGACUGGUGCGCGGAGGCAGUAAUUCUAGUUUGGUUUUGAUGUCAUUACUCAAAAACUAUUUAGGGACAGUUGUUAUGUUGGUAACUUGCAUCUUUGUUCUGCUUGUUGAUAGUCUGAAUGUUUUUGCAAGCAAUGAUAAAGUCUCAGAAUGGACUGAAACAUUAGACGUCAAAUGUCACAUCUGCUCUCACACACAGGGGUGACAGUAACAACAUGUAAUACCUUCAUAUGAAUACCAAAUACAGCAAUAAACUGCCAAAGAUGUAGAUAUAGUUCAAAUUCAUCCAUUAAACAAUUAAUUCCAGAUUAUUCAAAAUUAAUAAUAUAAUCAAAGAAAUAUAAAAACAUCAGUCUGUCUGUUGGCAGACAAAGAAGGAUCACCACAGAGCACGUUUCAUGAGUUUCAUCGUUCUAUCUUGUUUCAGAUUGGUGCAGUUUGAAAUAUUAUAAACGUAAAUAUAUGUUAAAAAAAAAAAAGUCUCUAACCAAAUUUUGAAUAUGAGUUUUAUGGAGCCUAGAGGUGCUAUGGAGAGAAAACAAUACAUAAAAAAAGGCCAUGUUUUGUUUGUUUCUAAGUGUAAUGUUACAGAGAGUAGGCACAACAGACUAUCCUGUCCACAGGGGUUAAGUUAGAUUAAUGUUCGAAUUUAGUUUUGCAGCUUUUAUCCUCUGUAUCAAAGCCUCAAUUUCUCCCAGUUUUUGGAUAAGUUGAAAAGCUAAUUUAGACAGAUAUUUCACAGUUUUCAUCAACUCACAAUAAUCAAUAAGAAGAAGAAGAAGAAGAAGAAGAAGAAAUAAAUAAUAACAAAUCAUGGUUAUGAAUAAUCUAUGUCCUGACUGGUGCACAUUUCAAGGUCGAUAAUAGCAAAUGGCCCAGCUUGACUACCCACUGAGCAAGCAACGUCUGUGGACAUGAUAUCAACUAGUCUUGGACGUCCACAGACGUUGCUUGCUCAGUGGGUAGGUAUUUAAUUGGACUACUGUCCUUGUCCCAGUAUACAAGCACAGCAGAGGAGUUGAUUUAUUUCACUGAAGUAUCAAUCAAUCAAUCAAUCAAUUUUACUUAUAAAGCCCAAUAUCAUAAAUCACAGUUUGCCUCACAGGGCUUUACAGUAUACAACACCCCUCUGUCCUCAGGACCCUCGCAGCGGAUAAGGAAAAACUCCCCAAAAAAAACCCUUUAAUGGAUCCAAUUGAUUGUAAACGUGGGAGUAAUUUGACUUCCAAUUGCAUUAUCUGGGUGUGUUAGUUAGACUUUGAGAAAUUCAAUUUAGUAUGAUCUCAGUCAAACUAACAUGUUGACAUGUACUUUAAAAGUCUGGUUUUAGUCAGACUAACAAAAUAAAUUGAUUUCUCUAAUGUCAUAUAAACAUACUGAGUGAAGGACUCUGAGGGUGAAGUACCUGAACCAUGGCCCUGCUUGAAUCAUACAUUCAUACAAUUAUCAUCAUUAUACAUGAUGACAUUCAAAUACUUUCAUAUUGAAUCAUUUUUCAAUCCAUAUUGUGACCCUGACAUUGCUUUUUAAAAACGUGAUGAUUGUUAACAAGUCAAACAGAUACGUAUCUACAUAAAAAACUGUAUCCAAAUAGAUGAGGUUCUUGAGUAAUGACAUUGUUACUACUGCCCCGGUCUCCCCUAAUCAACUCUGCAUUUCCAGUCACAGAGAGCAAACGACUCAAAUCCCAGAGAAAUGCUGAUUGUUUGGGGUCAGAUCAUGUUGGUCUUGUGGGGACAAUACACAACAAGACAAAACUAAAUGUAAACACUGUCAGAACACAGCCGAGUGUAUUGCAGCCUCUAUAGAAACGUUCAGUGCUGUGUGUGUGUGUGUGUGUGUGUGUGUGUGUGUGUGUGUGUGUGUGUGUGGAGAGCGAGGACGGAGAGAGAGACGGUCUGUUUGUAUUGGAGACAGUGAGCUGGAUGUCAUGUUAUCAGUAAACCAUGAAUGUAACUAUGAAUAUUUAGUGUGAGCUACAAUUUGUCAGAACUACCAGACCAGUGAACUCAGUCAAAAGCACAUGCCCCGUGCACAGCACUGUCAGUCCUGAUAACUUGGUGCAGGUGAUGGAGGUGAUAAAUAGAUGCACCGCACACAGGAGGGCUUCUUCUUUUAAUUUAAUCUUCGCCCAUGGCUUCAUCAGGUCAUCAUCUAUAGUGGUGUUCAAAUAAAUUGUCUCAAGUGUUUUAAGUCAUCGACCGUUAAUCUAACACUGCAGAUGUGGAAGUGUGGAAUUGUCUUGUAAUGUAAUAAUAAAUUAUACCUGACUUUAA